AUAAGCCCAUAGUUUUCCACAUUUUUUGAAUAUUAGAAGAUUGUUUGCUGACUAGAGUGUUAAUAAUUGAGAUAAUUGGGUAUAUUCUUCUGAAGAUGUGUUAAUAUUAUAUGGAUUUGACUUUUAUACUUGAGUCUUGAGCAGAAGCUCUUGGACACGAUUUGGUUAGUCAAGAUGGAUGUUUUAUUCUGUUUUUGUGUUUUUCUUUUCCAAUUUGUGAUGUCAAUUUGAUCUUUGUUCAAGUAUUUCCUAUUGUUUUGUCAAAACCAUGAUGGUUUCUGUGAAGUUUCUUUGCCAUUUCCUUUGCUUGUUUGAAAGGGCUAAUGUCCAAUGUCCUGUUUCGGGUACUUUCCUGUAAACUUGAAGGUUGAAGCCAUCAGAUGACAGCAUUAGUUUGAACAAAUUUUCUCGUCGGAGUGUAGGUUCUUUAUUUUCUGGUAAAGGACCACCUUUUGGUAUUUUUAAUAGUUUUGAGUUAUAGACAAUGACUUGUGAUGGCUUUAAUGAACUUGUGGAGAAUUCUACAGGAAUUGUCAACUUAUCAGGGAAGUUUUCCUAUGGGAAAAAAACAAUAGUUUAGUUUAUAUGGUACCAGAACCAUUUAUGGUAUAAUUAAACAAUAAAAACAUCAUAUCAUCAUUCCUCCAGGCGUAUGAUCAGUGGUUAAGCAUGGCAUCCAUACAUGAAUUACUGGAACAGUUUCUUAAUAAGUAAUUGGCUGUUUGGUUGUUUGUUAUAAUAUCAGGACACAAGUCUGUGUUGUCUGGUUCUUCCCAUGCUUUCCUUCAUAGAUUGCGUGAACAUGGAGUUCUCCAAAGCUGUGGUUUGUCUCACAUAAUUUCUGAAUUACCAACAGCUUCCUGCAUUGAAUUAAUGAUACCCAGAGGAGAUACACUUAUUAUGUGUGCAACUUAUUUUAUACCCUUUGAUGAAAAUGCUCUUGAAUGCAUCCACUGUAAACUGUAUGGUGUUAAUGGAAAUCUUACUAAGAUGCCAGUUUCUUGUGAAUCUGAGUGGAAAUCUUAGUAAGAUAAAAACUGAUUCGUGGAAACCCUUUGGUUGAUCCUUGAAUCCUAUGAUUCCAAUUGAGAGUGGCUCAGAUAGAAUAUCGAGUUGUUGAUGUACUAGAAGAGUUCUUUGUAUUCAUUUAGACAGCAAUUUCUAUCAGUUACUUUCCGAUCUAUGUUCUACUUAGUACGUUUGUGGUUCCAUUUCCCAAGUGUGUUAGAGUCUUUUUAAUAACCUUUAUUGAGAUACAUUGCAUUGGUCCAGAAGCUUAUGUGAUCAGAAUGUGGAAAAUGGAAGAAAGUAAGUGUGGAAAAAAACAUUGUCCUUCUCUAUUGUUAUACAAUUAAAAGAAUACAUUCAUGUCUUAGUCCAUGAUUAAAUGGACAAUAAAAGGACAUGAUGUGAAUUCAUCGACUCAGAAGCCGUGCCUGGAUUGGGUGCUACAGAAAUUUCUACAGCAUAUGUGUAUUAUAUCCAGCUGAAGCUGACAUAAAGACAAUAUAAUAGUGAUGAAUGACAUUUUCUGAAGUAGUAUAUAUAUCUUACCAUCCUUAAGCUGUAACAUCGGUAUUGCAUAGCUGAAAUUGGAGUAGGACUUUGGAGGUGUCAUAACUUUGAAUUUAAAGAAUGUUCAACGUAACAUUAUCCAGUUCUGUGCCAUGUGUAAACCCUUUACCCCCUGAGAAUGUGAAGGCUAGAGCUGAUUCCCAGACAAAAGAACUCGGUAAGGUUUUUAUGCACUAUGUAGUUUCUACAUUUGGACAUUAUAGCUUGUUGGCUCUGCUAUGCUUGCUCUAUUUUGUAACAGGUCAUUGCACCAAAGUAUCUCGAAAUGUGAACUUGGAGAAAUUGAAGAAUGGUUAUUUAUUUCCUGAGAUCUCAAUACGUGAGCUUCAGCAUUUUGAAAAGCAUCCAAGUGCAAAAUUAAUAAGCCUCGGGAUUGGUGAUACAACUGUGCCUAUACCAGAACUGAUUACUUCACAUAUGUCUAAUUAUGCACGUGGCCUUUCUACAGCUGCAGGUUAUAGAGGGUAUGGUCUGGAACAAGGGAAUGAGAUCUUGAGGAAAGCUAUCGCUGAUACAUUUUACAAAAAUCUAAAAGUUAAGAGCAAUGAGGUUUUUGUAUCAGAUGGUGCACAGAGCGAUAUUUCCCGCCUUCAGCUGCUUCUAGGUUCCAAUGUCACAAUUGCUGUGCAGGACCCAACCUUUCCGGCUUACAUAGAUUCGGGUGUCAUAAUUGGUCAGACGAAUCACUAUAGUGAAGCUACGCAGAAGUACCAGAACGUUGUAUAUAUGCCCUGUGGACCGAAAAGUAAUUUCUUCCCUAACCUGGCAAUGACCCCAAGAACGGAUGUAAUCUUCUUUUGUUCUCCAAACAACCCCACUGGUUAUGCUGCUUCCCGGAAACAGUUACAACAGUUAGUCGACUUUGCCAAGAGCAACGGUUCAAUUAUUGUUUUCGACUCAGCAUAUGCUGCUUUUAUCAAAGACGACAGUCCACGAUCUAUCUUUGAAAUUCCUGGUGCUAGAGAGGUUGCGAUUGAGAUUUCGUCAUUCUCCAAGUUCGCUGGGUUCACGGGCGUUAGGCUUGGUUGGACAGUCAUUCCUGAGAAGCUCUCAUAUUCAAACGGUUUCCCUGUCAUAAAUGAUUUCCGACGCAUUGUGACGACCACAUUUAACGGAGCAUCAAACAUCGUUCAGGCCGGUGGACUAGCUUGUCUUUCUUCUGCAGGCCUCAAGGAUUUACGUGCCGUGAUCAACUACUACAAAGAGAAUGUGAAGAUACUUGUAGACACUUUCGCCUCUGCGGGGUUCAACGUUUAUGGCGGCGAAAACGCUCCGUACUUGUGGGUUCACUUCCCGGGCUCGAAAUCAUGGGACGUGUUUGCUGAGAUUCUUGAGAACACUCAUAUAACGACGGUUCCAGGCUCGGGUUUCGGACCCGGGGGUGAAGAGUAUCUCAGAAUCAGCGGGUUUGGACACAGGGAAAACAUUCUUGAAGCAUCAAAGAGGUUGCAGAGUUUCUUCAACAGAGGCAAGCAACAUUUUCACCUCAACGGUUCUUCGACUUCUCAGGAACUGAACUAGGCUGGGUUUCAUGUUAAUACCAUGUUUGUGUGAGGGUAUUAUUGGAAUAACAAAAGAUAUGUUUUCCACUUUUUUUUUUGUUUCCAUUUUUGGGUCAAUAAGCAUGUUUUCAUGUUGCCUUGUUGGUAUGCUUUCAUGUUAUAAGAAAAGGGAAAUUAAAAAGA